GUGUCACUACCAAUUCAAAUAAAAAACAAAACAUAACAUAAUAUUACAUCCAGGUUCAUCUUUCUCUGCUAGGGUUUUGGUUUCUUAAAGCUUUUUCAUGGAAACAACUUCUUCUACUCAGGCCCCACUUCCAACCUCAUCUUCAUCUUCAUCUUCACUUCGAUACUUCCGCUGUAGUUUCUUCAGAGGUUGUUGUCGUUGCUUUUGUUGUUGCUAUACUUAAAAAAAAAAAGAAAUUCAAAAUCAUUUUUUUUUGUUGUUGACAUAUGGAGUUUUCCAAUGCUCAACCGAGUCUCUCGUUGGGGUUUAGUACUCAUAUGUCUUCAGCUCCGGUGACGCCCACGAUGGCCGAUGAGAAUAUGUUUCGCUGUUCGGUGAGUUCUUCUUCUUCUUCUUCUUCUUCUGGAGUCUCUGUUCCGCUUCAGUUGCUUGAUAGGAAGGAUGAGGAGGUUAGGGUUGAAAAUGGGGAGGUGGAGUACGGGGAAGAUGAGAAGUUUAGCAUUUUGGGACACCCUAUGUGUUUGAAGAGGGCGAGAGAUGGGUCGUCGUUCUUACCUAAGAAUCUUCCGAAACGCGUUUUCGUUGAAUCGGGGAUUGGUGGGAGGCGGAAAUCGAUUCCUUGCUGGGGAAACGAAUCAAUGAAGGUUGCGGACCCGGAGAUUCACGAAAUCAUGGAGAAAGAGAGGCAAAGGCAGUUCAGGGGGAUUGAAUUGAUAGCUUCAGAGAAUUUUGUGUGUAAAGCUGUUAUGGAAGCUCUAGGUAGCCAUUUGACGAACAAGUACUCUGAGGGAAUGGCUGGGGCAAGAUUAUACACGGGCAAUCAACAUAUUGAUCAAAUUGAAUUGCUUUGUUGUGAGCGUGCUUUGGCUGCUUUUGAUCUUGAUUCUGAGAAGUGGGGAGUAAAUGUUCAGCCGUAUUCAUGUACCUCUGCAAAUUUUGCGGUAUACACUGGACUUUUGCUCCCUAGUGAUCGGAUUAUGGGGUUAGAUUCACCAUCUGGAGGGCACUUGAGUCAUGGUUAUUAUACUCCAAGUGGGAAGAAAGUCUCGGCUGCUUCCAUAUUCUUUGAAAGUCUCCCUUAUAAAGUUAAUCCACAAACGGGAUAUAUAGAUUAUGACAAGCUCGAGGAGAAAGCACUUGAUUUUCGCCCCAAGAUACUUAUUUGUGGUGGUAGUUCUUAUCCACGGGAGUGGGACUACGCUAGGUUCCGGCGCAUUGCUGAUAAAUGUGGAGCAAUAUUGAUGUGUGAUAUGGCUCAUAUUAGCGGGCUAGUCGCUGCUAAGGAAUGUAUAAGUCCAUUUGAUUACUGUGAUGUUGUCACAUCCACUACACACAAAAGUCUCCGAGGUCCUAGGGGAGGUAUUAUCUUUUAUAGGAAAGGCACAAGAUCCAGAAAGCAUGGAGAGGGUAAUAUCCAUUUUGAUGAGGAUAAGAUAAACUUUGCGGUCUUUCCAGCAUUACAAGGGGGUCCUCACAAUAACCACAUUGCUGCUCUUGCCAUAGCCUUAAAACAAGUUGCUACUCCAGAAUACAAAGCUUAUAUGCAACAGGUGAAGAAAAAUGCAAAGGCCUUAGCAUUUUCUUUGUUAAGAAGAAAAUGCAGGUUGGUGACUGGGGGUACUGACAAUCAUUUGUUGCUCUGGGAUUUGACUUCUCUUGGAUUAGCAGGCAAAAACUAUGAGAAGGUCUGUGAGAUGUGCUACAUCACUCUUAACAAGUGUGCUAUUUUUGGUGAUAGUGGUGCAAUUUCUCCUGGAGGUGUUAGAAUUGGAACUCCUGCAAUGACAUCAAGAGGUUGCUUAGAAGCUGAUUUUGAGACUAUUGCCGACUUUCUUCUAAGAGCAGCUCAGAUUACCUGUAUUGUGCAGAAGGAACAUGGAAUAAUGGCCAAGGAUUUUGUCAAAGGUCUUCAGAACAAUAAGGAUAUCAGUGACCUCCGAAAUCGAGUCGAGACAUUUGCUACUCAAUUUGCAAUGCCGGGAUUUGAUAUUUGAACGCGGUGAAAACUAGGCGGCCUUGCAAUUAUUGGUGAUAUCAACACUAUGCAGCUUUCUGACUUGCCAUCAUCACUUGCAUGGUAACGUUUUCUUGUUACUGUCAUGAAUUCACAUAUCAAACUUACCUUUUUGUAAAUCAUAGGGAAAGGAAUCUAUAUACACCAAAAGAAGAUGUUACUAAAAGAUUUUAUAAUAUCAAACACAUGGACUCUACCUUGCUGACUGUAAAAAUUAUACCUUGUCAUCUACUUCUUUGUGAAGAUGCAAUUAAAUCUGCUCCUUAUCUGUACACAUCUGUAUUUAGUUUGUAAUACUUGGCAGUGCAAGAAAAGUACUAGUAUUUGGAAACCAGUACACUUAUGUUGUUUUUGGUCCUUGCCUAUCCUUUAAUUUGUCUCGUUAUGUUGUUUGUACUUGGAGAUAUAAAUAUGUAGUACCAUUUUGUCUUUUUGAUCUCUGCA